GGGAACAUAUGCGAGUAAAUUUGACCCAUAACGAUAAUAUCAAAACUUUUGAGGAUGUUGCGCGGCAUUUGGAGUUGGAGGAAGAGCGCCUUGAGGCUGUUAAAACUCCAACUGCCAAUGCUGCUGAGUCAAACUUUCGCAGGACAUCUGGGUUCAAGCGAAAGAGGACUACUGGGGCUCAAAAUCGUAGCGGAUCCGCGCCUAAGAAUGCGAAGAACACUAAAAGAAAAAGAAGCAAACGAGGUGGCAAGAAAGACAAGUCAAAGAUGACUUGUUUCAACUGUAAUCAGCUGGGACACUUCGCUCGUGAUUGCACUGAGCCGAAGAAGACUCAGGAGCAACAGACCACGUAGCGAGGGAUCGGAUGGGAUUCGUCGAGUACCGUCGCGUGCCUGCUGGGAGCAGAAGAGUAUACAUGGGGAAUGAUUCAAGUGUCGAUGUGUUAGGCGUUGGCACAUACAAGUUGAUCAUGCAAGGUGGUCGAACUUUAUAUCUACAUGAUGUACUUUAUGCUCCAGGAAUUCGGCGGAACUUGUUUUCUAUUCUUGCUAUGCUACAGUUAGGCUUUUCUUUUCGUUUUGAGAGUGAUGUAGUUAAGAUUCAUCUUGGAACUAUUUAUUAUGGAAGAGGUUUUAUGUCGAAUGGUUUUAUGGUUUUGGACAUUGAUUAUAAUAUUAAUAAUAGUGAUUCUUUUUCCCUGCUAUCUUCUGUUGAGAAUGAUCACAAUGUUUCAAUUAAAUGGCAUGCACGUCUUGGUCAUAUUGGGCAGGAUAGAAUGACUAGAUUAGUUAGAGACGGGUUAUUGAGCU